AUGGACAUCCCACUGAGAAGCACUAGGAAGUACCUUUUCAAAAAAACAGACCUGUUGAGAUUAAGGGAGCUAGCAUCUUUAGUAAGUGAUCCAGUUGAUUUUCAAGCUCAUCAUGGGAAGUUGCUCAGAAUUCUUAGAGUAGAUGUUGAGGAAGGAUGCCUAGAGACCCUGGUUCAGUUCUACGACCCGCUCUACCAUUGCUUCACAUUUCCCGAUUACCAGCUUGUCCCCACACUUGAAGAGUACUCCUACCUAGUAGGUUUACCUGUGCCAGACAAGAUACCUUUCCAUGGUUUUGAGCCUACCCCUAAACCCUCCGACAUCGCAGCCGCCCUCCAUCUUAAAACCUCCAUCAUCCAAGCAAACCUUACCUCUAAAGGAGGCCUCCAAGGUCUUCCCACCCACUUCCUCUACCAACAAGCCUCCAUAUUUGCUGAAGCAGCUAGUAUACUUGCCUUCCAUUCUAUCCUAGCCCUCCUUAUAUAUGGCCUUUUACUCUUCCCAAAUGUUGACAACUUCAUCGAUAUCAAUGCCAUUAAAAUCUUUCUUGCAAAGAACCCCGUACCCACUCUACUCGCCGAUACCUACCAUUCUAUCCAUGACCGUACCCAGGCUGGCCGGGGAACCAUUUCUUGUUGUGCACCUUUACUCUAUCAGUGGUUUACCUUCCACUUACCUCAAUCCCGCGCCUUCAAGACCAAUGAUGACAAGCUUUCCUGGCCUCGCCGAAUCAUGACUCUUGACCCAUCUGACAUUGUUUGGUACCAAGCAGCUAGUGAUGUUGGAGAGAUUAUUGUGAGUUGUGGUGAAUAUCCCAACGUACCUCUUUUGGGUAUGCGUGGCGGAAUUAGCUACAACCCACUCCUCGCUCGACGACAAUUUGGGUACCCGAUAAAGACAAAACCAAACAACCUUGCCUUGACUAAUGAAUUCUAUCUUAACCAUGGAGAUCACUCGAACAAAAGGGAAAGAUUCGCACAAGCUUGGAGCGCUAUCCGCAGACUCAACAGAAGUCAGUUGGGAAAGAAAUCAGACUAUGUGCACGAAUCUUAUACCCAAUACCUAUCGUCCACCAUCCCACCAUCAUCCUUGCCUAUCCCCUUUGAUACUAAGGAAGAGUUUCAUGAACAAUUAACCAAAGAAAGGCAAGAAAAAGAAACUUGGAAGAGGAGAUGCCAGGAGCUAGAGCAAGAGAAUGAGACUUUGAAGGGAAAGAUAGCCCAACAGAGCCGUGAGCUUUUUAUCCAGAACCAGAGGAUGAUUGAGAAGGACGACUUGCUUCGUCGGAAAGACGUUUUGCUCCACCAAGAUGCUAGAAGGAAGAGGAAGUUUAUGGACUUGUUCUCCCGUGCACAUUCAGAUUCCGAGGACCCAUCUACUCCGGGAGUUUGA